GUGACUGGCAGAUAUGGCUCAUUUUGCCCAAGUCUUGGCUGAGAUAGGCGACUUUGGUCGCUUCCAGGUACAGCUGCUGCUACUGCUGAGUGUCCCCAACUUCCUGUUUGCCUUCUACAUGUUUGCCCAGGUCUUCAUGGUCCUGGAGGAGACCCACCACUGUUCAGUGGCCUGGGUCAAGAGCCACACUUUAAACCUGAGUGCUGCUCAGCAGCUGGCACUGAGCGUGCCUCUUGAUGCCGUGGGCAGCCCUGAGCCCUGCCUCAUGUUCCGGCCACCCCCUGACAACACCAGCCUGGAGGACAUCCUCAGCCACCGCUUCAAUGAGACACAGCCUUGUGAGACUGGCUGGGACUAUCCUGAAGACAGGCCUCUAUCCCUGAAGAACGAGUUUGACCUGGUUUGUGAUCGGAAGCACCUGACGGAGACCUCGCAGUCAGUGUACAUGGCCGGGCUCCUUGUUGGGUCUCUCAUCUUCGGGCCCCUCUGUGACCGGAUUGGCCGCAAGGCCACUAUCCUGGUUCAGCUGCUCCUCGUUGCCCUCCUCGGCCUGGCCACAGCCUUCGUGCCCAGCUUUGAGCUCUACGUGACCAUGCGCUUUGCGGUGGCUACUGCUGUCGCUGGAUAUGCCUUCAGCAAUGUCACCCUCCUUACCGAGUGGGUGGGUCCCUCACAGAGGACCCAGGCUGUGGUCCUGGCCCUGUGUGCCUUCUCCGUCGGGCAGAUGGCACUAGCAGGACUUGCCUACGGCGUCCCCAACUGGCGGCUCUUCCAGAUCGCCGGUACCGCGCCUGUCUUGUUGCUGUUCUUCUACUUCUGGGCUCUGCCGGAAUCUGCACGGUGGCUCCUGACCAGGGGGAGGGUAGAGGAGGCAAAACAAGUGAUCCAGAAGGCAGCUUCAGUCAACAGGAGGAAAGUCUCCCCAGAGCUCUUGAGCCAGCUGGUCCCAGAGGAGACAGGCCCCUUAGGAAAUGCCCUGGAUCUGUUCAGACAUCCCCAGCUCCGAAAAAUGACCCUGAUUCUCUUCUAUGUCUGGUUUGUGGACAGUCUGGGAUACUUUGGCCUGAGCCUCCAAGUGGGGGACUUUGGCCUGGACAUCUACCUGACGCAGCUAAUCUUUGGAGCAGUUGAGGUGCCUGCCCGCUAUUCCAGCAUCUUCGUUAUGCAAAGAUUGGGCCGCAAGUGGAGCCAGCUGGGGACUCUGAUUCUGGGUGGCCUCAUGUGUAUCGCCAUCGUCUUCGUCCCAGCAGAUCUGCCCAUGGUGGUCACUGUGCUGGCUGUUGUGGGGAAGUUUGCUACAGCUGCAGGAUUUACCAUCUCCUAUGUGUACUCUGCUGAGCUCUUCCCCACCGUCAUCCGGCAGACAGGCAUGGGGCUGGUGGCCGCCAUCUCGCGGAUUGGGGGCAUCCUUACGCCGCUUGUGAUCCUGCUGGGCGAGUACCAGGCUGCAAUCCCUAUGCUCAUCUACGGCAGCCUCCCUAUCGGGGCAGGUCUGCUUUGUGCCCUGCUGCCAGAGACCCAUGGCCAGCCCCUGAAGGACACCAUCAAGGACUUGGAGCAGGGCCCCUCACAACGGUCCCCAAAGCCAGCACCCUCAGAAAAGGAAGCGAAGGCCACAGGAAAAACUUCCAGCCCAGGAGUGGCCUUUGUCAGCAGCACUUACUUCUGACUGUGGUCUGGAAGAGCCAGACUGUCAGCAUCAGGGGAGCUGCCUAAACACUGCCCUGCAUGUGGCCAGAACCUGGGAGGACCCAGGGGCAAGGCCAGGCUUGCUGUGGAGGGAGGUGGCACACCAUGACCUGGCCCCAUCCCCUGCUGCUGAGCCCAAUCCCCAAGGCAUCUGGAGGAGGACCUCCCUCCCUUCCUCACCCACCUCAACCCCAGAGCCCCCACCCUCAAUAUCCUUCUCCCGGUUAGGGUCUUAGUGUGUCGUGGGCUCAGCUUGUUCUCUGGUAGUCUCUUGGGGGUGUGGCUCCUCCAAUCCCCUUAAUCUGGACAUCCCUAUCCCUCAACACCCAUUCAAGCCCAGAACAGAGCAGCAAAUAUGUGGGAACAGGAGAAGAAAAAAUUUGAAAUUGUGGACUCCAUCCAGGUAGGUGGAAGAAAAGGUGUAGAUGAAGAGAAGUUUCCUUCUAAUCCCUGGACCAGGCACCCCUGGCUAAGAUGGGGGCCCCUAGAACAUUUGAUAUUGCUAAGAGAAAACUCCUUAUCCAGUCUAAAUCAAAACUUCAAUCUUGCCGUCUUUUCAAAGACCUUCCAACCCCCUGCUGCAUACUUAGCUCCUAGCUCAGGGACUGGACAUGAGGAAGGGGGUGUGGGGGGUUGUUCUGUUCCUCUCCUUGCCCCACUUCCUCCCCCUCAUGCUUUGCUGCUUCUGACUCUUCCAGGGCCCACCCAGGGAGAGGGAAAAGGGUAGAGGUCUUUUUACUCGGCUGCCGCUGUUUGCCAUUCUCUCCAGGCUUAACACUGGCUGAUCAUCCAUCCAUUGCAGCAGGUUUCCAAAAGCUGGCUCCUCCAGGGGGCAUAUCUGUGGGCUUUUUAAAGAUCCUCUCAGGACCUCUGCAUUGUUUCUUAGGAUGAGCAAUGCAGUCACCUGAUCUCUUGGGAUUCCUCCUCAGCUCCUGCCCCCAGUGUUACUCCUCAAAUAGUCUCUUCCUGUGGCAUCCUUUUCUUAGAAGAUAGCUCUCUUGGGUGGGGUCCCAUCAAGCUAUCUCAAACCAGGCUACCUGGCAGAAGAACACCUUGCAUCUUUGCCCCACCAAAUGAUGGAGAAAGAGCCUGCUCAGCCACUGCCACCUCUCUUUGCCUUGCCCUCAAAGGCAUCUUUAGCCAACUGUGCACAAGGGAAUGAGGUUCCAUUCUCUUCUUCUCACAGGCACCCCAGUGCAUCGCUGAGAAGGGUUCUUUCAGAACCUCCCUCACACUCACCUUCUCUUUUGUAGUCUGGAGUGGGGUAGGUACUGGACCAGUUUUGCUGUUUGUAAAUCCAGCAUGGAUGUGCCCGGUCUCUCUCUUGUGGAUGUGUGGUUAUUUAUUACUCAUGGGCCUCAGCUUUGGAGUGAUGGGCAAAAGUUCUAUUUAGCCUCCUGCUGCAUACCCAUUCAUGGACCCCUCCCCCCCAAGCUAAAUUCUCUCCUUGGGGACACUUAAAAGUCUGCCUUGGUACAAUGUGGAGCCUGGGCUGAAACUGCCAUGAUCGGAAAAAGAAAACCUGGAUGGAAGUGAGGAAACUGUCAUUUCAAAGCUGAGUGCAGUUUCCUCCUCUAAGAUGUGGAGACUCGCACCCCCUUGAGGCAGAAUGAUCUUCAUUUCUGGGAAGAGACUUAACUGAACCCUUCAUUGACACAAGCAUAAUGCAAGGACUCACCUUUCAUCUUCAGGUGGAUCUUUGUAGAUUUUUUUUUUUUUAAGAGGGACCGUAGAUGCUUGGAUCCAGAGAAGGAUAUUUCUCUGCAUGUAUUUAGGAAUGCCCUGUAGCUUGUCCCGGUUAAUGGGUAAAUGUUUGUCUUUUAGCAGUUGCAGAUUUGAGGUCUGCAGCUGAGACCCCUGGGACCUCAGAGGAGAAGAUAUGUGGGUCUGUUCUUGACUCUACCCAGGCAGUGGCCAGCAUGGGUAGGGCUAUGGCAGUUCUCCUUGGGGAUUGAUUCAUGCACCCCUGGUCUUUGUCCCACUUGCUUUCCCAGUCACCCAUGUACUGAUCCAUCAAGAAGACCCCAGGUGACUUGCCCUGCCUCCAAAAGCAUGCUGAAAGCUGGAACCAGAGAUCCACAAUUCAUCUGCAGCUAUUGAACUGAUCCCCAGAACCUCCAGGGAACUGCCGUGGAUGAGGAUGUGGGGCAUUAAACAACACAGCUGGCCCAGCAUGUGGGGCAUGGAAGGACCUCUUGAGAAUGGAUGUCUAAGGAGACAACUGAAGUGUGAGCCAGAGGUGGCUGUUGAAGAGAAGGCAGGCAGGGGGUGUAGAAGACCUUUCAGGUAUGAAGACUAAUGGGCAGGUGCUGCAGUUGGAAGGAUUUCCAAGAGUUUGAGGAAUCACAAGCUAGUGGGGCUUGUUAAGCACAUCCUUAAUUUUGAAUUUUGUUCUGAGGGCAAAAGCCACUGUUUUUUAUUUGUUUGUUUGCUGGUUGGUUGGUUGGUUGGUUGUUUUCUUUAAGCAAGGGAGUGGCCCAAUAAGAUCUGUAUUUUUAAAAAUCACUGUUUGGAGACAUGAAUGAGUUAGAAAGGGAAAAAGCAGAAGCAGAGAAACCAAGCAGGACAUCAUUACAGCAAUAAAAUUAAUAGCAAACAUUUAUUACCUCAAUUUAUCCUCACAACAUCCUGAUGAUGGAGUGGGGACAUGAAUACCCACUGAUUGAUUUCUUCACUGGCUUGUUCCUGGCAAGUUCCCUGGAACUUGGCUUCCGGGGGUCCCUUGGCUCCAGCCUGGAGAGAGAACCCCCUGGCCUUUAGGCCCAGUGUCUAACCUCCUUAGAGACACCUCUGAGAUUAAGACCACUACAUUACACAUUUCAUGUUUGCUAGUGCAAUGUCUAAAGCCUAAGAACCCCCUGAAUAUCUCCAGCCAACUACUCCUGUACCUCACCACUGUCCCCACUGCCUCCAGCUGCACUGACCUAGUCUACACCCCACCCUGCUCCACCCCCUAGUCUCAACUCUGGAUCUCAGGAGCCGCCACUCCAAAUCCAGCAGAAGCCCUGUGUCCUCCACCCUUCUUGGAAGGGUGCUGCAUCUCCUGCCUCUUCCUCUGGUCUCUCAUUCUCUCACAGGUAAGGAGCUGCAGUAAGGGCCUCUUCGCUCUCCAUUGCUGCAUCAACCAUCACAACCCCUCCCUCUUGUUAAAAACCUCCUCUUGGAGAAACCUGUCUCUCCAGCUCCUUCUGGGAUUCCUCCUGCUCCUAGAGUCUCCAGAUGAGCCAGAAUGGCUCUCUCCUGAGCCAGAGUCACUAAUCAUUCAGCCCCAAUGUGGGAAAGGACCCAAAUAUUUAUUAAUUUUUUCAAUCUUUAAUCAAGGGAAACAGAAAUGACUUCAUGAUUUUUUACAAAAAUAAUUAACAUUUGUAGAUGGUGUGAAUAUUAGUUCUGUAAACUCAUGUCUGCAAGAAACACCGUUUCUUUAAUUUAGAUUAUGAGCCUCUAUCUCUCUGAGCAGAUCAGAAAUUCAAUCUUGGCCAUUUUGGAGUGCUCCUCUACCCAGAGAAUGAGCCAGAGUCCCGGGAUCUCGUUUAGACAAAGCAGAGGGGUGCUCCCUGUUUGGUCAUCUGCCCCACUGCUGAUGGUGGAGGCCCAUUGUGCUGGCCUGCUCGGUCCCUCCAGCCCCAGCAGUGACGCUGCCUAGGGCUUAAGGCUGGGGAGCUCCAGGGAGGCUGAGGGGCUCAAGGCCAGCCACUCAUGUGACCUCAGACAGUGGGAGGGAGGACUUGCGAGAGCUGCAGGGUCG